CGACGCCGCAACCUUUUUUGAACCGGUCUAAAAUAUGAACCCGUCUAGUCACAACAUAACUGCAGCAUGACAGUUCUCGUGCAGUAGUAGUGGUAGAGUGAAGGGAUAUGAAAUCUGCGAUUAGAUGAAUUCGGAAAAAAGGUAAAUAAAAGACGAAGUGCAAUUUCGCCAUCGCAGAAGAAUCAAAGUUGAUCAAAGUUAAAGUCAGUAGUUUUGAUGUGAUUGAUUUUAUUUUGAGUUGGGUUCAAUUACAGACUAAUUUGAAUCCGGUAAAAGCUGGUCGUGCUGUGAAAAUUACUGAGACAAAAGCCGUAAGUUGAAAUCUGUAAAUAGAAGAAAAUGUAGUUGUUAUGUUAGGUGCAAUUUAGUUAUACUGGACAUUUCUCUCUAGUCGCGCAAGCAUCGGUAUCUGGUGAGUCCUGCAACGAGGAUAUCUACCGAAAACCUACCGUGCCAGUGGAUUACUUUGUAAGUAGACGGGAACAGAGAAAUUAUGUGUGAAAUUGAUAAAUAAUUGUACAUAUUUGUGAUCCCAAAAUAGCUCUCACACAGCGGACACCGACUAGGGUAACGGUCCCAAGCAUUGUCCAACUAAGUUGUAAAAUUCAGAUAAGAAGUCGUGGCAGAGGAAACCACUUAAUUGUGAGUAGUGUAAGAUAAGUUUUUGUAAGAAAAUGUUCAAUAAUUGCCUUUAAUAAAUUACAGUUUAAGCAUUGCUGAAAACCAGUCGGCUGCUCUAAGAAUUUCGGUUUCCCUCUCGGGAACAUUCUUAAAAAUUAAGUGACACCCGCGAAGUGACUUCCCCGAAGUUGUGUCAAGUGAGGAGUGAAAACCUGCAGCAAGAUGGCUUCCGAUGCAGAAUCCACCCACGACCAAACCAUCAUGGACCUGACGGCGACUCCGUGCGCCAUAUGUGGCCCGUCUACGCGCGACGAAGUGAUGGUCGGCUGUGACGGAUGCGCGGAAUGGUUCCACAUCCGUUGCGUGGGCAUCGAGGAGGGCAAACUGCCGAAGAAGUGGUACUGCCAAAGCAAGGCCUGCCAGGAGAAGGCCCAGGAGUACCGGCAGAAGCAGAAGGACGCCAAGAAGCAGACUCGCUCCCGGAAAAACGGCAACGAGUCUGACAAAUCCAGCGUCAGCUCUCGCCUAGCUUCGUCUAGCGUGGAAGCGAAGGUGCGAGCGCUAGAGGAGAAGCAGAAGCGCCAGUAUGAGGAGAUGGAGGCGGAACUGCAGCUGCAGAAAAGGGAAAGGGAGAUGCAGCGCGCGUUCGAGCAGCGAAAGGCGGAGUUGGAGCUGCAGAUGCGCGCUGAAGAAGAAGAAGAACAAAGGGCAUGGCGAGUGGAGAUGCUCCAGAAGAAGAAGGAGCAGAUUCAGCGGCUGAAGGCGAACAGAGAACCGUCCUUUGAGAUGCAAAUGGCGGCCAUGGAUGAGGAGCUAGCGGAACUUUCGAGUCAAAAGUCGAAGCCGGUGCCGAAAGUGGUCAAGGACGUUUCGCGAGCGGGUCCUUCCGGCAAAGUCAACCCAAACGUGUUGAAGCUGAGAAAGGCGAACGUGAAGAAGCGCACGCGAGACUACGAGAGCACCGACGAAGAAGACGAGGACGACGAAAACUCCGACGAUUCCGAUCUGUCAACCCAGAGUUCGGAUUCUUCCAUGGAAGCCAGGGCGAGGAAAAGUGUUCCGAGGAAGACGUGCAAGAAAGUGGUAAGUGUCAGCCAAAACGGGCUGGGGAAGCAGCAGACCGGACCGACGAAGGCCCAGCUGGCCGCGAGGAUGGGAUUAACUUACAAACUCCCAAAAUUCUCCGGCAAACCAGCGCAGUGGCCAUUGUUCUACGCGGCCUACAAAGUGUCCAACGAUGUCUGCGGCUACAUGAACCACGAGAACUUGAUGCGACUACAGGAAGCCCUGGAAGGCGACGCUCUUGAGCUGGUGUCCGGGCAGUUGCUACUCCCCGAAACCAUCCCGCAGGUCAUCGAGAAGCUGCGCCGGCACUUCGGCCGCCCGGAACAACUCCUUCAAUGCCUGCUGGACAAGGUGAACCGGCUGGAACCCCCGAGGCCGGACAAUCUGAGAAGUUUUGUUCCAUUCGGAAACACGGUGGAGCAACUCUGCGGCCAUCUGGAGGCAGCGGAUCUACGGCAACACCUCGUCAAUCCGCUGCUGAUAAAGUCGCUGGUUGCCAAGCUGCCGGAUCGGGAAAAGCGUGAGUGGGUCCAUUACCGGCGAGGUCGAGGGGAAACAACGUUGCGGACGCUGACGGAUUUCCUGAUGGACAUCGUGGCAGACGCCUGCGAAGCUAACGUUGACGUGGACUUCGUGGAGUUCAAUCCAUCGCCGCCGUCCGAAGCAGAUUCCCAAUCCGAAGAGGAGGGUUCGGAUGAGGCUGGACCCAACCCGCUCAUGCAUCCGGUCGAAAAUACGGUCGGGCUGAGUGCACACAUCCGGACAAACUGCACGGUAUUGUUCCGGAUCGUUCCGGUGCAGCUGCACUACGGUGGAAAAACGGUGUCAGUGCUGGCGUUCCUGGACGAAGGUGCUUCCGUCACGCUGGUGGAGAAAAAGCUCGCCGACCGUCUGGGCGCGGUCGGAGUACAAGAGCGAUUGACCAUCCAGUGGACGGGAAACACGUCGAGAGAGGAAGAUUCCCGAAGAAUGAGUCUUUGGGCGUCGGGAACAGGCGCUGCAGCCGGCGGCAAAAUGCUGUUACACACAGUGCACACGGUGGACAAGUUGAUGCUUCCACAUCAAAUGUUAGAUUCGGAGGAGCUUGCAGCACAGUACGAGCACAUGCGAGGGCUGCCCAUCGAACCGUACGACGGACAGCCGCAGUUGCUGAUUGGGGCAAACAACAUCCACGCGUUUGCGCCGAUAGAGGCAAAGGUGGGUACGCCCAUGGAACCGAUUGCGGUUCGAACCAAAUUGGGAUGGACGGUGUAUGGGCCGCAGCAUACAACCUCGGCGACAGCCGGUAACUAUCUCGGCCACCAUCGGCAGAUGAACGAGGAUCUGGCGCCUGAACCACUCAAGAGCAACUAUGCGCUGGAAGAAUCGAUGGUGACAAUUCCGCGAGGAACCGCAGAGAAGCAACACCGAAUCACCCAACUCGUCGAGAACCGCUGCGCAACCGUAUUGCUGUCGAAGGACCGAGGUCAACAAGUUACCACAUUUCCUCAUCCGGACAGACCCGGAAUAACCACCACGAACAUGGCGGUUCUGGUUCUGAAGGCAGAAAGGCGGGUUCGAAAUCCGAAACGGAACGAUCAACUCGCUGGGAGCUCUACGGAGCCUACAAGGGGCGAAGUCGGCGAAACCGGUGCAUUUGAACCGUGGCACCCUGGGCGCUAUCUGGGAUGCAAGUGGGGACCAGCGUUCUCGACGAGGCACCGUGGCGAGUUCCAGCCGUACCUGUACAAGAGAAAGCGGUCGACGAGAAGGCUCGUCGCAAGUGGCGCAAAACCGGAGGAUGUCAAGAUCGGUCGGCGUAAGGAGAAGCGUUGUGUGAUGCGUGCGCUCGAUGAGGGGCGCAAGUUGUCGGGCAAGAUCCUGCCAACGACACUAGCGGAAACGGCCGGCAAUGGUUCGGCGAUUCUUCGUGGUCGACGGGAAAUCCCGGAAGUCUUGUCCCGGAAGAUGGAGCUUCAUCGAUGCGGUAAUCAAGGUCUCAGACGAAUGAGCUCGACAGACCAACGUGAAGACGUAGAUGAUAAGGUGCAGAGACAGUACUUUGUAAAGCUUGCUACGUUAGGAGGUAAUGUAAAUCCGGAAAUGCCGGAUGUUACGGGCCGGGGUGUUGCGACGCCGCAACCUUUUUUGAACCGGUCUAAAAUAUGAACCCGUCUAGUCACAACAUAACUGCAGCAUGACAGUUCUCGUGCAGUAGUAGUGGUAGAGUGAAGGGAUAUGAAAUCUGCGAUUAGAUGAAUUCGGAAAAAAGUUAAAUAAAAGACGAAGUGCAAUUUCGCCAUCGCAGAAGAAUCAAAGUUGAUCAAAGUUAAAGUCAGUAGUUUUGAUGUGAUUGAUUUUAUUUUGAGUUGGGUUCAAUUACAGACUAAUUUGAAUCCGGUAAAAGCUGGUCGUGCUGUGAAAAUUACUGAGACAAAAGCCGUAAGUUGAAAUCUGUAAAUAGAAGAAAAUGUAGUUGUUAUGUUAGGUGCAAUUUAGUUAUACUGGACAUUUCUCUCUAGUCGCGCAAGCAUCGGUAUCUGGUGAGUCCUGCAACGAGGAUAUCUACCGAAAACCUACCGUGCCAGUGGAUUACUUUGUAAGUAGACGGGAACAGAGAAAUUAUGUGUGAAAUUGAUAAAUAAUUGUACAUAUUUGUGAUCCCAAAAUAGCUCUCACACAGCGGACACCGACUAGGGUAACGGUCCCAAGCAUUGUCCAACUAAGUUGUAAAAUUCAGAUAAGAAGUCGUGGCAGAGGAAACCACUUAAUUUUUAAGCAUUGCUGAAAACCAGUCGGCUGCUCUAAGAAUUUCGGUUUCCCUCUCGGGAACAG